UUACCAGUCCGCAUCCCCCGCUAUCCCCACACCCGACAUAACUAGUCCAGACACCCGUCACCCAAGGUUCCCACACCCGAUGUCACCAGUCCACACACCCUUCACUGACUGUCCCCAACAUCCUUGACUCCACACCCGACAUGUCCAGACACUUGUCACCCUUUGUCCCACACCCAAUUCCAAGGUUUCCACACAGCAGGCAACCCCGCAACCUCGUCACACUAGCAGCCUGUACACCUGACACCUUCAGGUCCCACCCACAGCCUCUGUUCCGCAGGCCCGCAGGCGGUGGGAGCGGCACUGCGGUUAAACCUGUCACCCACAGUCCCCAGAAGCGGCGGGUCGGCGGCACCAGAGUGACGGAGGAAGAGCGGGUGUCCGGGACACGGAACCGGCCAGGAGACAGAAGCUCGGGAGCGGAGACUCGGCGGAGGAGCGGCGAUGACCGACUCCGUUCGGUCCGGAAACCCGCGGGAGAACGGCUAUUUCCGCAAGGGAUGUAAUCCGUAUGCACAGACUGGCCGAAGUAAGCUGCAGAGCCACCGGGUCACACUCAACCAGCAGAUCAUCAAAGCGAUGCGCCUACGGGCAGGCGCAGAAAACCUGCUGCGGGCGACAGACAACCCCCAUGUCCGAGAGGUGGCUCUACUGGAGCUGAGCUUCGUCAACUCCAACCUGCAGCUGCUGAAGGAGGAGCUUGAAGGGUUAAACGGAUCGGUGGAGGUCUACCAGAGCGAGCAGCAGGAUCUCUGUUUCCCCCUCAUUCCUCUGGGCCUGAAGGAAACCAAGGAGGUGGACUUUGUAGCUCCACUGAAGGACUUCAUCCAGGAACAUUACGGGGAAAAUCCAGUUGACUUUGAGGAUCAGAUUUUUGACCUGAUGGACCUGCGACAGGCGACGCGAACCCCGAGCCGGAGUGAAGCAGGAGUGGAGUUACUGACUUCCUACUACUCCCAGCUCAGUCUGUUGGAAACCCGAUUCUUCCUCUCCAGUCGCCACCCUGGCCUCUUCUUCACCUGGUACGACUCGCUGACAGGUCUGCCACUCUGCCAGCAACACCUGUCCCUGGAGAAGGCUAGCGUGCUCUUCAACAUCGCUGCUCUUCACACGCAGAUCGGGGCCCGCACCGACCGCACCUCCACGGCCGGCCUCCACUAUUCCAUCUCUGCCUUCCAGAGCGCUGCAGGAGUGCUGCAGCUGCUCCGGGAGACAUACCCCCACACGCCGAGCUUUGACCUUAGCCCAGUCAUGCAGAAGCUGCUGGUGCGCCUGAUGGAGACCCAGGCGCAGGAGUGCACCUUCGAGGAGGCACUACUGCCCGGCACCGCCAACCGCUUCGACACCCUGCUGCGGCUGGCCCAGGACGCGGCCGCGUUGUCAGACUCGUACACGUUGGUGAAUCAGUGCAUCAGCCACGCUCCGGUGGCGGAGCACGUCCCUGCAGCCUGGAGCCACACGGUCCAGGUGAAACUGCAGCACUACCGCGCACUGGCGCAUUACCUCGUCUCUAUCGCAUUACUGGACCAUCAGUUGAACCCCAGCGAUGACACUGAUCAGCAGGAGAAAGUGCUGACCGACCUCUACCAGCAGAUGCCUGAGGGACUGACCCCUCUCACCAUCCUCCGGUCCAAAGAGCAACGACAACGGCUCGGUAAGGCCCAUCUGCGGUCAUCAAUCAUGGGGUACGAGGAGGCACUGAGGGUUCAGGGUCUCUGCAAAACUCUAAAGAAGAUGGACGCCAUCCAGGAGAUUCUCAGAGUGUCCCACAAACGUUCUCUCACCAAGUACACCGAACUCGAGCAGGAGGAUGACUUUGACAUGAUGGAGGCUCCCAAUAUAAUUGGUAGAAGCAGUCAGCAGACUGAGACGGUGAAGCCGCUGUUGUCCAAUGUGAAAGUGGUUGACUUCUUCCAAAAGCUGGGCCCACCAACGGUCUUCUCCGCCAGGCAGAGGUGGACAGCCCCUCGCAAGAUCCACCUGAAGCCGGGAGAUUGGGAACAGGGAUUCAGGCUGCAGGGUGAGGUGGCGGUGCACGUUACAGGCAUGGACCCCAAUAGUGUGGCCGCGGCUCUGGGUCUGAAGGAUGGAGAUGUCAUUGUGAGGGUGUCAGGGACAGACUGUAAGUGGAGCUCGGUGAGCGAGGUGGCGGAGAUGAUGAGGGGAAUGCCUGAUGAUGGACUGGACAUCGAGGUGGUCAGUCCCCAGGGGCUGGAGCCCGCACAGAUGCCCAAGUGUGCCACGUACAGCAGCGGGUUGUCCAAAGCCUACUCCCUGUCCUGUUGGGCUCUUGAUGAGGGGAAGAACAGUAAAAACAAGAAAGUCUCAAAGAAGCUGUCAUUUCUGAGCUGGGGGAGCAAGGGCAGCAAGAAGGCUUCAAGCACGGUCAGUCUUCACUCAGCCAUGGACACUGGAUUCAAGUCUUUCUCUGGAGGCAAUCUCCCCGAUGACAGCUCUCUCUACUGACCGACCGUCCAUCGUCAUGACUCGGUGCAGCGACACUCGUUGCCUGCUCCAGCUCUUUCAUCUAACCAACAGUCAUAACCUGAACACCUCAUGAAUUGUGAGUUUGGUGACUCACUCACCUCUGAGCCUCUCUCAUGGGAUGUCUGACCUUCAGACGUGUGUGCGGUCCCCAGAUAUUUCUCCUUGGCUUCACUCCACAACGCAUGGUUUUACAGUUCAUGUCUGAAGUAUGGGAGCCCAUUGAGUCUGCUCUGCCUUUCCACCGUGGCAGAUUCAUCAUCCCUCUCAUCCCCACUCUCCUGCCUUCUCUCCAUCACCUUUGAUGCCCUGACUAAUCAAGAACACGUUGAGAACAGGUGCCAUGCAGACUCCAACCCCCGCAGCCACUGACUUGGUUCAGUUGCUGCUUGUGCAAGAUGGGCAGUGGCGGCCACCUUGUCGGGGAACCGGUAAGAACAGAGAUGGCGUCAAUGUAUGGUGCCUACAUGAAACUCUCCUCACAAUCUGUGGCUAUUAAUGUCCAGAUUUGGGUGGAGUGGAAACCAGCUCACCUCUAUACACUUAGAUCAUCGAUGUCUACAGCGUAGAUUUAAAAUAUUACUGUUUGAUACUCAAAUGGAAAUUAUCUUAAUUUAACAAAUAGACUAGAAAUAAGAAAAUCCUAUAACUAGAGAAUGAUUUUUAUAAAUGAAGCAAAUUUAUAUGGCAAGUUUUAUUUUUCCAGUAUAAAUCAUUGUCACCAGGGUUUGCGUGGGUGCGACUGUAAAUGAACUGUUUAUGCUGUACAUGCUUUGCUAUUUACAAUCCUUCAAACCCCAUGUUUGUGAUGAGCACUUUACAUUCUCCCAGUCUACCUUGCAUGAGAAACUGGAACCGAAGUUCAUUGAUGCCAACCUGAGAUCAAAAUACGAUCCCUCUGCCCCUUAGAUGUUAACACAAAGGAACAGAAUUAGGCCAUUUGGCCCAUCAUGUCUCUUCUGCCAUUUUAUCUCUUUCAAUCCCAUUCUCCUGCCUUCUCCCUGUAACCUUUGACACUCUGACUAAUCAGCAACUUACCAAUCUCACUUUAAGUAUACUCAAUAACUUGGUCUCCUCAGCCUUCUGUAGCACAGGUGAUCCUUGACCACAAGGUGAUGUCCCUUUCUCAUUCUAAGAGAGAAUAAAACCCUCGCCUGCCUACAAACAGGUGAUUUGUUACCACUGGAGCUGCUUAAAACAAUGUACAUGCCCUUCUGUGUGCAUCUGUGCUCAUCUGUACUGUUUCUAUUUGUGCAGGAAUUAAAAACACAUGUAAAUCUG